AUGCUGUUCUUUCAACUAGAAACUCCCCUUUGCCUACAUGUUCCCCUUCUUUUUUUUUUUUUUUUGCCUACUUACACUUCUCAAAGCCCAGGAACUGUCUCAUACACAGAAGCCUUCCUUCAUUGUGUGAGUGCCCUGUCCUGCCCAGCUCAGGGAGGUGACUUGGCAAACACUAUAAUGUGCUGCCCGAUCCCUUUCAGUGAAGGACUUACCCCAGUUGCUGGGAGUGCUUGCGGACAGUCCUCAGCUUUCUGUUACCAUGGGGGAAUGGCCUCAGGUGAGGAGAGCUGCCCAGCCUAA